CACAAAACGUCCCUCACCACUCACUCAAGAAAAGAAACGAACUUCCGUUUUGCUGAAUGAAAUAUCAGUUGUAGGGAGAUACAUACUCUGCAAAAAGUCAUGGCCUCCUCCGUGCUUAAUUUUACCCGUCCACUCUCUCACAUUCAAUCUAUACCAUCACAACCCUUAAUUUCACCAAUAAAUUAUGGUUCGAUUAAUUUAUGUUCUUUUCACACCACAAGGAGAAACUGCAAUUUCAAGAAAAUGGGUAUUUGCAGGUCAUCUUCUAGUGAAGUCACAUUCAUUGAACCUCCUGAAACUCAACAAUCAAAAGAUGAGCUUAUUGGGUCCUUGAAGCUCAAAUUAUUGAGUGCAGUUUCUGGGUUAAAUAGAGGUCUUGCUGCAAAUGAAGAUGAUAAACGCAAAGCUGAAGAUGCCGCAAAGGAACUUGAAUCAACUUCAGGUCCAGUAGAUCUUUCAGCUGAUCUCGAUCAAUUGCAAGGCAGAUGGAAAUUGAUUUAUAGCAGUGCAUUUUCUUCUCGGACUCUUGGUGGGAGCCGUCCCGGGCUACCCACUGGAAGACUUCUUCCCAUAAAUCUUGGCCAGGUACACUAGAGUACCAUGUUAUAUGACUUUAUUGUCACCGUCUUCUGGUUGUCAUAUUUGAG